AUGGAACCAUGCAUCUGGAAUCCGAAAGAUGCAAAUCAUAAAGAUAAGAAGAAACACGCAGAUGCAUGGAUUCGUCUUGCUGAACUUACUGGAAGGCCACAAUCACAACAAAUAGAAGAAGAUACAGAUCAGACAGAGGAUGACCCUCUGAUAAGAGACCGUACAAGUACGGUUACCACACCAUCCACACCACCAUCUAGAUCACCAUCCAGACCACCAUCCAUACAAGCUGUUACCAAUAAACGUCGUCGCCCUGCUUCUGAAACGGCUGAAAAGCAAAUGGCCGUGGCUUUUGGACAAUUAACAAAUGUUUUGGGUCAAAGGCAGAAUGAAAAUAUACCUGCUCACAAAGACGAUGAUUGCGAUCUAUACGCAAAAUUAUUGGCUAUAAAGCUACGUGAACUAUCAACUGAUGAACGAAAAAUUAUGAUGUACCAAAUAGAUGGGUUGUUUAUAAACAGAAUCAGUCAAAAAUAA